AUGGCAGAUUCAAUCAAGGACUUGAGAAUAAUCAUUGUCGGUGCCGGCAUGGGCGGCCUCGCAUCUGCUCUAGCUCUCGCCAAAGAAGGAUUCAAAAAGAUCGACGUCUACGAAUAUGCUGCUGAUCUGGGCUUUGUCGGCGCCGGUAUCCAGCUUGCUCCCAAUAUGGCUCGAAUCUUGGACAGACUCGGUGUAUGGGAACCCAUCGCCAAGGAAGCGACGAAUAUCCAGGAUACCAGCAUCAGACAAGGAUCAACAAACGAAGAACUCGGCCAUGUAGAACUAGAAUACGUCGAAAAAACAUACGGAUACCCUCACAUGGUCGGCCAUCGCUUCUCGCUCGCCAACUCCAUGUACCAAGGCUGCUUGAAGCAAAGCGCAAUCACAUUCCACUUCAACACCAGCAUCAAAGCCAUUGAAUCCUUCGGUCCCAACCCCGUUGUUGUGGCUGAGCCUCGUGAUGGCUCGUCUGAGCCUUACAAAGUCGAGGCUGAUAUCUUGCUGGCUGCGGACGGAAUCAAGAGCAAUAUCCGUGUGGAGAUGCUCAAAUUAUUGAACGUUGAUGCGCAGAUCAUCGACACAAAUCAGGCCGCGUACAGAAUCAUGAUUCAUCGCGAUCAGAUCAAGGACGAUCCCGAACUUCUGGCGCUACUUGAUAGUGAUACCGUCGUUCGCUGGAUUGGCGCAAAGAGGCAUAUUAUUGCUUAUGCAGUUGAUAACAAGAAUAUAUACAACCUCUCCACAACUCAACCAGAUACGAACUUUGCAGCUGCCCCGUCAGCGACAUACACAACUCGCGGGUCGAAAUCGGCUAUGUUGGGCGUCUUUGAGGAUUUCUGCCCCAUGAUUCAGCGUAUGCUCAACCUUGUUCCCGAGGGAGAAGUGUGUGAAUGGAAACUUCGUGUUCAUUCCCCCCUUCCAACGUGGGUAUACAAGACCGUUGCUCUGGUGGGAGAUGCUUGCCAUCCUACUCUACCACAUCUUGCGCAGGGAGCUGCUCAAGCUAUUGAAGACGCAGCCGCCAUCGCCGCCUCCUUGUCACGACUACCAGACACCAAACCUGAGACCAUCAACAAAGCCCUCCGAGUCUAUGAAAAGAUUCGUAAAGAUCGUGCCUAUGCCCUCGUAGAAAUGGCCGCAGCGUCCGGUCGAACACUCCAUUUGGGUGAUGGUGCUGACAAGGAGGAGAGAGAUAAGCAAUUUGCGGCUUUGAAGCAGGGCAAUGGAAAAGUGCCGGAUAAGUGGGCUGAUGCUGAUGUGCAGAAGUUGAUUUAUGGAUUUGAUACGACUAAGGAGACGUUGGAUAACUUUGAUGAGAUCUUUAAUGGGUUGGAUGAGCAGGUUAAUGGGCACUAG